CGUAUCUCGUCUGAGCCUGAGAUCAGAGACCUCCAUACUUCAACACUCCAUAUUCAGCGGAAUCAGAAGCCAUGCCUCUCGCCGCCCUCUCCGCCGGUAGCUCAGCCAUCUUCAAACUCAAUUACACAUUCAGGCCGCCGUCCGUCAUACCUCUUCCCGUCACCCUGGACGCAAACCCGAAAAUCAGUCCCAGAUGCAAACCCCUAUCCGCAGUCCUAUCAUCCCCGUCGACGAAAUCCGCCACCCCGGGUCCCGUAGCAAAAUGGGACCUUAACAGCUGGAAGUCCAGACCCGCUUUCCAGUUGCCGGAGUACCCGGACAAAGACCAGCUCGAUUCGGUCUUGAAGGUUCUAGAAUCCUACCCUCCCAUCGUUUUCGCCGGGGAGGCUCGGAGUCUCGAGGAGAAAUUGGGACAGGCGGCGCUUGGGAAUGCCUUCCUAUUGCAGGGUGGGGACUGCGCGGAGAGUUUUAAAGAAUUCAGUGCCAACAAUAUUAGGGACUCUUUCAGGGUGAUAUUGCAAAUGAGUGUUGUGCUCAUGUUUGGUGGUCAAGUUCCUGUUGUCAAGGUGGGCAGGAUGGCCGGUCAGUUUGCAAAGCCAAGGUCUGACCCCUUUGAAGAAAAGGACGGCGUGAAGCUGCCAAGUUACAGGGGAGACAAUGUGAAUGGGGAUGCUUUCAAUGAGAAAUCAAGGGUUCCGGACCCGGAUAGGAUGAUCAAGGCUUAUACUCAAUCCGUGGCUACAUUGAACCUGCUCAGGGCUUUUGCUACAGGAGGUUAUGCAGCCAUGCAGAGAGUUAGCCAAUGGAAUCUUGAUUUCACUGACCAUAGUGAGCAAGGAGAUAGGUACCGUGAACUUGCACACCGAGUAGAUGAAGCAAUGGGAUUCAUGGCAGCAGCUGGGCUUACACUUGACCAUCCCAUUAUGACCACAACAGACUUCUGGACAUCCCAUGAGUGCCUGCUCUUGCCUUACGAGCAAGCACUUACGCGGGAGGAUUCCACAUCCGGCCUUUACUAUGACUGUUCUGCCCACAUGCUCUGGGUCGGGGAGCGCACAAGACAAUUGGACGGUGCACACGUGGAGUUCCUCAGAGGAGUUGCCAACCCCCUUGGAAUUAAGGUGAGUCAGAAAAUGGAUCCCAAUGAGUUGGUCAAGCUUAUAGACAUCCUGAAUCCUAAAAACAAGCCAGGGAGAAUAACAGUGAUUGCUAGAAUGGGAGCUGACAACAUGAGAGUGAAACUACCUCAUCUGAUCAGGGGUGUUCGGCGUGCCGGUCAAAUAGUGACUUGGGUCAGUGAUCCUAUGCAUGGCAAUACAACUAAAGCUCCCUGUGGGCUCAAAACCCGAUCCUUUGACGCUAUCAGGGAUGAGCUAAGGGCAUUCUUUGAUGUUCAUGAUCAAGAAGGGAGCUUUCCUGGGGGUGUGCAUCUGGAGAUGACAGGCCAGAACGUGACGGAGUGUGUGGGAGGUUCUAGAACAAUCACUUACAAUGAUCUGAGCUCGCGCUAUCACACGCACUGUGAUCCCCGGCUAAAUGCAUCCCAAUCACUCGAGCUUGCCUUUAUCAUUGCCGACCGGCUUCGGAAGAGGAGGCUCGGGCCCCACUUCAACCUCUGAUCUUUCUUUCUUUAUUUCUUCUAUGGGAAUGGGGUGCUAUAAUUGAAGCUAUACAGAAUGAAGCUUUCUUGAUCUUGAGACUGCUGCAACAGUUACUCCAGUUAGGUUACUUACUGUUUUAGAGGUAAGUUUGGUAGUGGUGAAAAAUAAAUUAUGUCUUGUAAUUGAUACACAAAAUCGCAUAUACCCUUUUAAGGUGAAUAAUAUGAUACUAUACCAGAUUAUCAGCUGUUGGUAUUUAAUAACUUGUGUUCAUUGUU